AAACUCGAAUGAGAACAAUAAUUUGAUUUCUAUUCCUUUUGUCUGUAUUAUUCAGUGAAUUUCAAUAAGAUUAAAGGGUUCCAUGGCUAAAUUACAUAGUUAUUUUGUUUUAUGUCCUCUGAUUGAUCAAAAAAGUUUCCUAGGAGUAUCUGAGGACAAGGAUCCUGAGUUUGUAAUUGUAACUUUGGGAAGAAAUGUUAUUAAUAAAUACCGGCUUUCAGAUCAAAAACAAGUGGGAGGUUGGACUUCAAAAGACCAUAUCACAUCAGAAGUAAUAUAUGACAAAGAACAGAAUACUUAUGUAGGAGUUUUUAACAAAAACACCAUUAAAAUAUGGAAAGAUGAAUCAGAAAAUUUAGAUAAAAUAAAGAAAUAUAAGUUUCCAGUGAAUAUACUAAAAUUGAUGGCAGCUCCUUUAAAAUCUCCACUUAUUAUUUUUGAAAAUGGCAACACUGCUUCACUGCCAUAUGCACUUGAAAAUCGCAAAACAUAUGAAAAUAUACCUUUGAUAAAAGAAAAUGAAAACAUAGUGGACACAUCAAGUUAUACAUUAAACAAUAUUAGAUAUGUAUGUUAUGUUACAAAAGAUGGUAAAAACAGAUAUGAGAUUAUUAGUGCUCCCAUAAGAGAAGAACUUGGAGAUUUGGAAAAGUCAAAGAUUACUAAAAUUAAAAUAUCAAGAAAGGAAAAUGUAUACGUUGUCGGGGAGCUAAUCAGUUGUAUAGACAGACCUGCAGUUUAUGUGUUGUGGAGUGACUCAAAAAUUAUGACAUUUGAUCUGUUGAAAAAAUCUUGGAAAACAGUAGGCUCUGUGCCAUGGAUAUCCACAGUAUCCAGUGUUUCUGUUGCUUGGAUGGGGAAGAACCACCUCAUACUCUUUGGGAGUAACAUUGAACAAGAUGGAGCUAUAAUUGUUGCUUACAAUAUAGCUCUUGGUGUGGGUUCAUGUAAAUACCCAAUGAAAAUGUAUACAGAGGGAGCCAGACUUUACUGCUUUAAUGAUCGCAUCAUCUUGGAAGCCUCUAACCAUAUUGGUAUGUUGCCUUAUGUAUUGGAAACAAAAAGAAACAUAUCCAGUUUAUUAGGAUCUCAUGAAAUUGGACAAGAUGAAUAUUUAGAAGUUGCCAAUUGGGAUAAUACAACAACACUGGUAUCUUGUUCUACCAGUGAUGAUACUAAAGAACUUAUAAAACUAGGGCUGACUGAAAGGAGUAUAUGUGCACAAGUGAUAUUACCACUCCUAGAAAAAACUGAUCAUAAAAGUGUAUUAAAAGUCAUUAUAGAAUUCAAAGAUGUACCUGAAGCAGUUCUGGUACAAUUGCUUAAUUAUGUUCUGAAGUUGGUAUCUGCUAAGGAUGCUAAUGUUAGUAGUCCUGAUGAAUUUGCUAAAUGGCACUCUAGUGCAUGCAAUUUAGAUGCAGAAGACAAAUUUACCCUGCUAAAUCAUAUAUUUGGAAUAUCAUUUUGUGAUGCUCUACUGAUUCCAUAUUUAAGAGAAUCAUUAUCCAUAAAUGACACCUUGUUUUUAAUGUCUUACAUUUCAUUUUUAUUAGUUGAUGUGAAAAGUGAAUUAGAUACUGAUUAUGAGGGCAAACUCUUUGACUGGUAUUCAUUACUCAUGGAUGCCUUUUAUCAACAGUUUUUAAUAACAAAAGAUGAAAAAAUCACGAAUGUUUUAGAAAAUACUAAUAAUAUUGUCAAAAGAAUUUUGAGUCAAUUGGAUACCAUAAAUGAGAUGAUGCCAUUAUUGAAUAAAUUUUUAACUGGGAAUGUUGUAACUGAAGACAAUGAUGAUUUAUUACCAUAUACUAUUGAAAUUAUGCAAAUAUAAUAGUUUCUUUAAGGGAAGGAAUAUUUAAGAAAUAAACAUUGUCAUUCAACAAUUCUUUUAUUUGCAACUCUAGCAAACUGCACAACCAUGGGUUUUUCUUUUAAAAUGUAUCCAUUGGUCUCAUUCAAUGCUACUUCUGCUAUUUUAAUUGAAGGAAAUGUCACAAAUGCUUGCCCUUUCAUCUUGCCUUCUUGCAUUACUCUAACAUCAAAACCUAAUUGUUCUUCUUCUGGUAAUUCACUUACAUAAUGUCUGUAAAUUCGCUUUACAUCUUGAUCUAUUACAGAUUUCGCCAAAUUCUUUAUAUAUAACCUCAUUGAGGGCUGUCCAGGAUGAUAGUUCUUAAAUACAGACAAUAUUUUCAUAUCACUAUAGUUAAGCCUAUUUUGAAGUAAUUCUUUUCUAGUUAUUGUAGGUAAUUCACUUUCUUCUGCUGUAUCCUCUGCUGAAAUCGGCUGUACUUCUUUCUCAAAUUUUCCUAGCUCUCCUAAUAUUUCUGGUUCUUCUGAAGGUUUAGUCAGCGCAUCUUGAUUAACCACUACAGCAAUUUUUUUUGGCUCUGACAAUGGUGCAAUAUUUUCAAACACCUCUUCUUGACUCAAAGCAACUUUUCUUAUUUUAGGUAAAAUAGCAGUAGACAGUAUGGCUGCUGGCCUUUUCCUUGUGACUGGUAGUUUAUGUAACCUUUUCACAGCUUUGGGAACAGGUGUAUAUAUUUGUUUUUCAUUUUCAUCACUUGACAAUUCAGACUCUGUUUCACUUGCUGGUGGUGGUAUAGCAGCUAUUUCAUCUCUAAAUACAUGUUUAAAUGUUUCUUUAAACAAUGUAAUUGCAGUUUCAUUUUCUUGAAAUGGUGUACUGAGAGACAUUUUAUUCAUCAAAUGCAAUACCUGAGUAUAAAAGGCUUUAUGAUGUAAUAAUGUAUAUAUAAUAUUUAUUAAUAUGUCUGGAUUUGGCUCUGGAUAUUUAUAUUUCAAAUGUACAGGUGGAGGUUGGUAAAAAUUAACUGAUGGAUUCCAAGCAUUAAGCAAUUGAAGAAAUUUUUUUAGUUUUUCAGUUGCAAAUGAAUUUGUUUCAUUUACAUCAUUUUUAUAAAUGGCAGGUUCACUUUCAAAGGAAUACUCAACUACAAGCCUCCGCUGUGCUAUCUCAAGUUGAUGGAGUCUAAUUAGAGAAGAUUUAGCCGUUUCUAUGUUUGGAAAUAAAGCGAAUACAUAGUUAUGUCUUUCAGAUUUUUCCCAUACCUUCACUGCACCAAAAUGUUUGAGAAGUUGUUCCUUUUCAUUGAUAGAUAGUGAUUUUGGAAGAUGUCUUAUCAGCAAAACUCUGGACAUAUUGUGGGGUUUUCUUGUUUCGGCUAAUAAACCAGUUUUUUGUGAGCUAAGCGUUCUUCUUCUUCUUUUUAAUGAAUGGCGUCUUUGUUUACUAAUUAAUAAAGCACAGAACGCAAUCGGCGCAAGCGAACACAGACCACUUGCGGAACAAUAUUGCACCAAAGAAAAUUGAAACUACGUUUGCUAUUACACUUUUCUAAAAGUAGAAGAGUAUAUUUAAUUAAAUUUCUUCCAUGCACUUCCUAAAGUUCACAGUUUAGUUUUCUGGAACGAACGUCUUGUUUGUAGUAGUAUUAUAAUUCGUCCAUGGGACAGGCGAACGUCUUGUUUAUCGAAAUAAUAACACAGACAA